GGGACACGCAGUUAGGCAGUGCUACACGCGUAACAUGAGUUAUUAACUUCGAAUCGAGCAGCUACGCAAAGGCUUUUAUAGUGGUGACGUCGAACUUUCUUUAACUGCUUUUAUUUUUGCUGACAUUCGUGCAUCAUUCGUGCCGGUGAGUCGUCGUGAGCGCACGCCGCGGCCGCUCCGCUCGCCCCCCCAGUGGACCCGUGCAGCUCGCAGUCAGCGCGGCUACCUCACUCACGUUACCAUAAACCAACCGUGAACACAUUUUAAAACCUUUUAUCUCAACGAGUUUCGUGUGUAAUAUUUUGUUAAUAGUGAGCUAGUGAAGUAAAAUUCUAUAGAAUUCUGUACACUCAAGUGAAAUGCAACUGAUCGAUGCGAUAAUGCUUCGUUGUUUUAACGUUAUCCGAGGUGAAACACUGAUAAAUUAAACUGGUCUCCGUAUUUAGUGUCAAGAUGUACGCGCCAUCAACAGCGUCGACGACGACGUCUGGGUCCGGUCGUGCGGCCGUCACGGCAGCCGGCGACCGGCGCGUGCGUGUCGUACGACUCGUGCGCCCGCGCAGAGUAGCGCCAGCUUUCGGGUUUGCGCUCAGAGGCGGCAGAGAAUACGCUACUGGAUUCUUCAUAUCUAAAGUUGAUUUUAACUCUGAAGCGCACGUGCAGGGUUUAAAGGUUGGUGAUCAGCUGGUUAGCGUGAAUGGGUGCCGAGUGGACGACGCUGUGCAUGCUGAACUCGUGCAUUACCUUGCGGCGCAGACACGACUCAAGAUCAAAGUUAGACAUGUGGGCAUGCUGCCUGUCAAAGACAAGGCACAUGAGCCACUGUCAUGGCAGUUCGUGUCGGAGAGGGCGUCGCUUGGCUCCGACGUGUCGUCGUCUCCGACGCUGUGUCACGACACCGAGCGGCUGACGGACAUGCGGCUGUCCAUCCUGGUUCCACCGAGAGCCAAACUUGGCUGCGGAAUUUGCAAAGGUCCGGAGUGGAAGCCGGGCAUCUUCGUGCAGUUCGUGCGGGAGGGCGGCAUCGCGCGCGAGGCGGGGCUGCGGCCCGGCGAUCAGAUCUUAUCGUGUAACGGCCUGGAUUUCUCCAACGUCUCCUUCAACGAGGCAAUAUCUACAAUGAAAGCGACUGGUCGCUUGGAGCUGGUGAUCCGGGAAGGUGCUGGCACCGACCUCGUGUCUCCUGAGAGCUCGGGGUACAACAGCUCCGCGUCAUCAGCUGCUGGGGAGAGAUCCCCAGCGCCGAUCGCGCCGCACGUCCCCCUAGCUCCGCCUGCUGCGCUGCGCAGGCGGCUCGCCAGCGUUGCCGAAGAGGCCGCUGACCGUGCCGAUAGGUUAACUAUGAGCAGAUUUAAGAGAAGAACAUGGGAUAGCUUAGAUUUCGAAUGGAAGAAUGGUGAUAUCCACAACUUUGAUUCACCUUUAGACAUAGAACCAGACUACGACUGUCCUAGUAUACCAAACAAUCCUCACACAUAUGAAAAUAAAAGCAAUUUACGGUGCAAAAAUAAUAAAAAGGACUACAUCACGAGUCCCUCAAAUAGAACUAUAAUCAAUUUAACUGAAGAUGGCGCUACCAUACAGUGCAGCUACGAUAACCAGUCGCCUAGGAAAAAUGCAUUUUUAGCAAAUCACACGAAUCGAGACAACGACAAAAAAACAAUAGUAGUAGAAGUUCAUCACACAAGUACAACGACCUGCGGGAAAAAUGCUUGUAAUUAUCCUCCGCCUAUGAAAAACGAUUGUAAUUCGGAUUCCGCAAGUAUGUCCAGCUCCGCUACGUUAUCCAGUGCCAUUGCCGAUGAAAUACAGCGACGCAAAAUGAACUUGAAGAAACCAAGUUCAGAAUCAAACGGACCACCACCUCCACCAGCGAAGAAGCCACCUCCACCAAAGCCGACGGAUGACAAGAAGAAGCAGCACGAUGCGCUCAUGGAUGAGUUUAAGAAAGUGCACAGGAAAAUGUUCUUAUCACAAGAUAACAAUGAAAAACCGGACACAGCUAACAAAGAAGAUGGAGAAUUGGACCGGCAACAAACCCUACCUCUGAGAAAGGUGGAGCAACCAUCAGAGGUUACAAACAACCAUCAUGCACCAUCGAAGGGUGAAGCCACGGACAACCCACCUCCUCCGCCACCAAUGCCGACUGCUAAUGGUCACCAAAAUGGAAACCACAAAACUUUAGACAAUCCGAAACCUAUGCCGAAGCAGCUUUCUGCAGAAUUAUUAUCAAACAUAAAUUUUAGGAAAAAUGGGACGCUGACGAGAACCCCUACUCCAGAUUACAACAAAAAAACAGAACCUCCUUCUCAGGUUAAAAAUGUAAAAGAUGAAAAAGCUGAACUGGAGUCAUUAGAAUCUUAUAAGUUAAAAAACCCUUCGAAUGUACUGCCAAAGCCACCGUCUAAUUAUUUUGUUAAAGCACCUAAUGGAACAGCCACGAUGAAGAAACAUGCUCGCCCCGUAUCUGUUACGAUAGGUGAAUAUGCAUAUGGAGGUGGUAGCAGACGAGAGCCAACUAAACUAGACUUCCUUAACGGUGAUAAAACUGACGGACUGCUUAACGGAGACGAGGAAGUCUCCAUAUCAAAUAGACUACAAUCAGAACUAGCUCUAACGCUAUCUAGGUCCAAUUUACGUAAGAAGACUGAAGCUCUGGCGGACGCCAGCCGAUGAGGAAUCGAAACGAAUUUUAUGUAGCGCAUAGUAUAAUUACAAUGAUUUUAAAUUUAGACGUCUAGUGAAAUAUAACUUUUGGUUACAAUUUAAAUAGUCAACCAAAGUUAGUUGUAUAUUUAAUUUAUCACAAAAAAAUGUUAUAUUAAUUAUUAAUAGUCCUAAUUUGGGAAUGUAUGGACUAUUUUACUAUGAAUAUGCGUGUAAUUAUUAUAGAUACCCAAUCAAAUGUGUCGUGUAGUAAUUAUUAUUAGAUUUUGAGACUACAUGUACUUAAUUAUUAUGGGUUCAAUUCAAUAUUGUAUAUCAGUGGAGUGCCUAAGUCAUAUUAAAUGCUGGUUUAGA